AUGGCUGCCGGGGUUUGGACUGGAUUCGGUCACGAGAACACUAAAAGUCUAGAUCAUGUAGCGGAAACCUGCAUCUGCGCCUGGGACGUCACCACCACGACUGCCACGGCCCCCGUAGCUCGAUGCGCGACGGGCAUCCAAUGCGCGGUUCCUCCGCACGAGCACCCAACGCAGCACGAGGGCGAGGCCGGCGACGCCCAGCAUGGCUGCAGCGCAGACGGCCAUGCCCUGGGUGUAAAAGGGCGACUGGGACCUCGGGUACAGGCGGGCGCCGAGCAGAGGGCCGCAUUGGCCUACGGUCUGCAUCAUGGCGAACACGGCGCCGCGCCGGGACCGACUGGGCUGGUUGUUGACGUUCCAGACGACGGUGAGCACGACGACGCAGAAGAAGCCCACGGCGGCCGGGUAGACGGCCAGGUAGCGCAGGGCGCUGGCGGGCUCGAGCCGCAGGAGGUGCUCCGAGACGGCCAGGGUCGUGUAGCCGAGGGCCGAGGUCAGCGCAAAGGGGACGAGGAAGGCGCUGCGGGAUCGCACCGAGUCCGACAGCUUGGCCGUGGCGAGGACGAAGAAGAAGGACACGAGGUAGGGAGGGGCCGAUAA